AUGCAGCUGUCGCUUGCCGUGCUGGCGGUCGUCGCUCAGGCGGCCGUCACAACAGCAUCAUCGCUUACACCGCCAGUACUGCCGCUCAUCGUGCGCAACCCUUACUUGAGCACUUGGCUGGGAAAUGCCCGUGAAGCACCUUGGUCCAAAUGGCCUAUGUUUUAUACCGGAGAGGAAGUUGGGCUCUCUGUGUUAGCCCAUGUCCCCAGCAAGGGCUCCGUUUAUCCGCUUGUUGGCAAGCCCCAGGAUUCCCUGGACAAAAACGAAGGAUAUAACGUCCACUACCCUGAGUAUCUCGGUCACAACUACGACGCAUCCACGACCAACUUGACCUACCGGAUUGAUACAGGAAGCCCAGCCCCCAUUGAAAUUACUGUCUCGUUCCUCUCUCCAAUUACGCCCACAUCGACUUUGCGACAGUCGAUUCCGGCUUCUUACAUCACAGUUGAUGUACAUGGCGAAGUUCCAGUCAACGUUUACAUAGACAUUGACGGACGCUGGGUCAGUGGUGACACUGGUUCCCAGCUGAACUGGCAGCAUAACGCUGUGCAAGCUAGCGACAAAAAGCCAAGCCUCCAGAGAUGGCAGGUUCGAAGGGAAAACGAGCUCCACCUUUCGGAGAUCCGUGACCGAGCCGAAUGGGGCACGAUCCAUUUCACUGGACCUGCUGACGCAUAUUUUGAGUCAGGAGAGGCUGGUAAGGUCAGGAAAGCAUUUGCCAGCGCUGGUGUCCUUGGGAACGAGAACGAUGGAGAAUUGCGUGCCAUUCGAGACCGUUCGCCUGUCUUCGCGUUCUCCAAGACAUUCAAUCUCGGCGAGUCUUUCAAGCGAACUGCCGACAGCGUGACCUUUACGAUCGCUCUCAUUCAAUUCCCCGUUGUCCAGUACGCAUCCGCUCGGGGAUUAACUCAGAUGCGACCGCUCUGGGAAUCGUGGUUCCCUACUACUGAAGAGCUCCUGGAAUUCCACUAUAACGACCACGCCGCGGCCAUCUCUCUUGCAUCCAACUAUUCCCACCAGCUUGCCGAUGACGCUUAUCUCUCCGGCGCGGAAGACUAUGUUGAUAUUGUUGCUCUCUCCGCACGCCAGGUGCUGGGAGCAACCACAUUCUCGGGAACCCCAGAUAACCCCAUUUUGUUCCUGAAGGAGAUUUCCUCCAACGGAAACUUCCAAACCAUCGAUGUCAUCUUCCCUGCUUUCCCCUUCUUCUUGUAUACCAACCCGCGUUGGCUAGCUUAUCUCUUGGAGCCUUUGAUUGAGCAUAUGUUGAGCGGUCAAUACCCGAAUACCUAUGCGAUGCAUGAUCUGGGAACCCACUUCCCCAAUGCUACUGGACACCCUGAUGGCAAGGACGAAUACAUGCCAGUGGAGGAGUGUGGCAAUAUUUUGAUCAUGGGUCUUGCCAUUGCAAACUCCCUGCAGUAUGAAGGGGCAUCUGAAGCCUCUUCCAUGUGGUCAAGCCAGGGUAGCAAUCCUCCUGUCUACUCAAGCGAGUCAUCCGGGUUCUUCCCUCUCAAUGACCUCCAAGUGCAGUCAGGAAUUGCCCACCAAGAUGGUAAAUGGGGAGGGGGCAUAGCUGGCAAGAACCUUGCUAAGAAAUGGGUCAAACGUAGCUACCGACUAUGGAAGCAGUGGACUGGAUAUCUGGUGGAGUUCUCUCUCGAACCUGCCAACCAACUUUCUACCGAUGAUUUUGCUGGCUGGCUGGCUCUGCAGACCAACCUUGCCCUGAAAGGUAUUGUUGGUAUUAAUGCGAUGGCCAAGCUCGCUGAGCUUACCGGGCAUGAUGAUGAUGCUAGAUACUUCAAGACUAUUGCCGGUGACUACGUCGCCAAGUGGGAAGAGAAGGGCAUGUCCCGCGAUGGCACCCACGCCAAACUGGCCUACGACUGGUAUGGGUCUUGGACAACCAUCUACAACCUGUACGCCGACGCCCAGCUCUGCUUCCACCUUGACGGAGCCGACAACUCUUCGAAUACAUCGCCAGGGUUCGUUCCCCGCCACAUCUACCAGAAGCAAUCAGUGUGGUACCACUACGUGCGGCAGAAAUACGGUCUGCCUCUUGACAGCCGGCAUCUAUACACAAAGACCGACUGGGAGUUCUUCUCAAUGGCAGUUACGUCGAAGCCCGUUCGUACUGAGAUCCUUGAGUCUGUCGCCAAAUGGGUCAACGAGACUGUUACCGACCGCCCAUUCACGGAUCUUCACCAGACCGAGGGCGAUGGCAACUUCCCCGGCCCGAACUUCUUUGCUCGUCCCGUCAUUGGUGGCCAUUUUGCUUUCCUGGCUCUCCAGCGUGCCUGCGGUGGUCGUGCUAUGCCUGGUCUGUCUUUCUUGGACGAUGUUGACCAAAAGACUUUGCAGGCAUGGUAUGAUACUGCCGAGACUGCAGCUGUCGACUUCGAGCGUCCUACCCGUAGCCGUUACGCAGGAGAUGAGCUGUGA